UGCGCUGGUAAGUGAAAAGGGGCAUCAUUAGCCAUCUUUAAUCUAAAGAACAGGGAAAAAGGACUAAACUUGAAAACAGAGAGAAGCGAAGCAAAUAAAAAAGCAUGCUCCUUUAUUACAACUUUACACAGUAGCAGACCUGCAACAACAAAUAACAGCAUCACGAAGAUAAACCAUGAAGAACAGCGACAAUAAUUCAAGUUUGGAUUCUAGAAUCAAUCAAACCCUCAAAAAUGUUCAAGGGUUACUUAAAGGUCGUAGUAUUCCUGGUAAAGUUUUACUGACCAGGAGAGCAGAUCCACCAGAGGAUCCCAGCUUACGAUCAUCAACUUUUGGAAGGAGCUUCUCAGAAAAUGAUGCUGGCACAAGUGAUCAAAUGGACAUGUCGAAGGAGGCAGAAGCCCAGGGUACCAGCAAGCAGCUAAACAAUAACAUGACCACAAACAAGCUAAAACCUACAAACUCCAAUGUUGAGAUAACGUCCAAAGAAGUUCAGAAGUCUGUCAUGGGUGCUAGAGCUACAGAUUCUGCUAGAGUCAUGAAAUUCACAAAGGAGCUAUCAGGAUCCACAGUUACAUUAGAGAAGUUGCGUGAGUUAGCUUGGAGUGGAGUACCACCAUAUAUGCGCCCAAACAUAUGGAGGCUUCUAUUGGGAUAUGCAUCGCCUAAUUCAGAUAGAAGGGAGGGAGUUCUAAGAAGAAAGCGCCUUGAGUACCUUGACUGUGUUGCCCAAUUUUAUGACAUUCCAGAUACUGAACGUUCAGAUGAUGAGAUCAACAUGCUUCGGCAGAUUUCUGUUGAUUGUCCAAGAACAGUACCUGAUGUCAUUUUCUUUCAGCAAGAACAAGUUCAGAAAUCAUUGGAGCGCAUCCUUUAUACAUGGGCCAUUCGGCAUCCCGCAAGUGGAUAUGUUCAGGGAAUAAAUGACCUUGCCACACCCUUUCUGGUUGUUUUCUUGUCCGAACACUUGGAAGGGGACAUACAUAAGUGGUCAAUUUCUGAUCUAUCUCCAGAUAAAAUCUCCAACGUAGAGGCUGAUUGUUAUUGGUGCCUAUCUAAGUUACUUGAUGGCAUGCAAGACCAUUACACAUUUGCUCAACCAGGAAUACAAAGACUUGUGUUUAAGCUCAAGGAAUUGGUUAAUAGGAUUGAUGAACCUGUUUCGAGACACAUGGAAGAGCAAGGGCUUGAAUUUCUUCAAUUUGCUUUCCGCUGGUUUAACUGUCUUUUAAUACGUGAGAUUCCUUUUAAUCUCGUGACUCGCCUAUGGGACACAUAUCUUGCUGAAGGAGAUGCAUUGCCAGAUUUCCUCGUAUACAUAUUUGCCAGUUUUCUUUUGACGGCUUAACAGUGUUUGGUUACCUUUUUACCAGUGGUCAGAAGAGCUUCAGAAGCUUGAUUUCCAAGAGUUGGUGAUGUUUCUUCAACACCUACCAACUCAGAAUUGGACGCACCAAGAGCUUGAGAUGGUGCUCUCUAGAGCAUUCAUGUGGCACAGUAUGUUCAACAACUCCCCCAGCCACUUAGCAAGCUAGAGAGCAUUCAUGUGGCACAGUAUGUUCGACGACGCCACAGAGAGAAAAGAGGGAUUCUUCAUUUGUUGACAGCCCCGUUUCGGUUUCCUUGUCCAAUAAAUUUUGUUUUCCAUUUUUUGAGGGUCCCCUGUAGUGGUCUAUAAUCUACAAAUGUAUGUGUUGUCUCCAUUCUAGCGGAGGAGAUCAACCAAUGUUGUCAUUUGUGUUGUGGCUUGUAAUAUUUGUAUUUUUUUUGUAUUUCAAGCAUUUCCUUGUACAUUUACCAUUCUAACUAAAAGAAAGUACUUCUUUGUAUC